AUGGCGCCGCCGGCCGCCCAGCCGAGCCUCGACGAGGUCUGCUCCAAGCUCGGCGCCAAGAGCCGCGCGAUCAAGGACGUCUGCGACUGGGCCGAGGCGCGUCGCCCCCGCGUCCCCCGUGCCCGAUGCGGCGCCGUCGACGGCGGCCGCGCGGGCGGCGAGCUGCUCGCGGCGCUCUUCCGGACCAUCAAGCACGACGAGGCCGGCGGCGAGCGCGCGGAGAACGUGCGCGAGGCCGUCAUGUUCGCGCUCCACGAGGUGCUCAUGAAGAACGACGCCGUCUGCGCGAAGGUCGCGGACCUGCGCGACCAGGUCGAGACGCUCACGGACCGCUGCACGGAGCACUUCACGCGCCACAUCGUCAAGUCGCAGGCGAGCCGCGUCAUCGAGCGGCGCCUCGUGAAGUCCGCGGAGAACCUCACGAAGGUCGUCCGCGCGUGGCGGCAAAAGUUCGAGUGCUUCGGGUCCUCCGACAAGCUCCGCAUGACGCACAAGAUCCUGCGCCAGCUCGGCAAGGAGGCGGACAAGCUCGAGGGCGAGCGGACGCGGCCGGAGAAGCGGAAGGCCGACGAGGCGAAGGCGCCCGAGCCGAAAAAGCCCAAGGCGGAGUCGCCCGCGGCGCCGCUCAUCCCCGUGCCCAAGGACCUGCUGGCGCGCGAGGCGGCCGGCGACGGCCCGCCCGCCGCCGCGCCGGCCCUGACGCCCGCGUCCAUCGCCGCGCCGCCGCCGGAGGCGGCGAAGCCGCGCGCGGCGUGGGGCGGCGGCGCGUCCACGGCGCCGGCCGUCGGGCCGGGCCGGGGCCGGCGCUUCGACGCCUGCCGCCUCGUGGGCGACUGCUGCACCUGGCUCCGCCACCCGCGGCACACGGUGGCCGUCGCCUUCUUCUUCCUGCACCACUUCCUGAAAGCCGCGCGGCUCGAGCCGCGCGGCUCCGCGCCGCCGGCCGCGGCCGCCGCGCUCGACGCCGUCGAACGGGCCAAGGCGGCCAAGCCGGACAUGAACGAGCCCGGCGAGGUCGAGGUCUACGUGGCGCACCUCGCCGACGACGAGGCCGCGGCCGUCGCGAUGGCGGCCGGCGCCGGCGGCGACGCCGUCAAGCGCGGCGACGCCGUGCGGUUCAAGUACCGCGUCAUGCGCCUGGGCAAGCGCGCGACGGACAACCUGAGCGGCGAGGCGUCGCCGGUCUUCUCCCUGGGCUACGGCGAGGACGACGACUCGGAGAAGGACUUCCUGAGCGCGCGCGUCGGCGGCGGCCAGCUCAUCCCGGCGCUCGACAGCGCGAUCGUCGGCAUGCGGCCCGGGGGCCGGCGCCGCCUCUUCGUCGUCCCGGAGAAGGGCUGGAAGAAGAUCAACUCGAGCUGCUCCGCCGAGUCCAACGGCGCGUCCAACGCGGGCGACGCGUCCGCGGGCCUCGCCGACAUCGCGGGCCAGGCCAUCGUGCCGCUCGCGCAGAUGGUCGACAACGGCGCCUGCAUCGAGGACGCGCUCCUGCCCCAGCCGGCGAACUUCGGCGCCAAGCGGCGCCUCGCGCGGCGCUUCGACGAGGGGCUGCUGCUCGAGGUCGAGGUGCUGGCGAA